AUGUGGUUAAUAACGACAUUUGUGUUAGUUUUCCCCAUCAUCUGCUCAUAUGUGGUGGUCAAUAGGUAUUUUUCUUUCAAAUUGCAUAAAAACACAUACCUUUUGACGCUAUCAAUUUUAAUGCUAAACAUGAUCAUAUUACUAUUCACCACUUAUUUGUUGCCAUUGGAUAUCUUUUAUGGGGCUAGGGCAAGCAUUGAAAAUGGAUCAUCAUCGGAAGCUGUCACUCACAAUUUCAGCGUCAUUUGGAAAUUUAUCUACUGGUUAGAAUUUGUUCUGUGUUGGUUUGUUAUUCCAGUACUAAUUAGUUACAUCUCAUUGAAAUAUGCGUGCGCUAAGCAACAAGACCCUCAUUCAAGCAGGUCUCAGAUGGGGCAAAGAUUGGCGCUAGCAAUUUAUCACAAUAUUAAAUUUUAUAUGCUAUGUCUUACAGGACUAUUCUUUGGUAUCGUUUAUCUGGUGAGUAGUACAGGUCAUGGUCUCAGCGAUUUUAAACCAUUGUUAAUCUCUUUGGCACAUCUUUACUCACUGAGUUAUUCACUUGUCCUGUUAUCCACGGGCUUGAUCAUUUUCCCCAGAAACUUAUUUGCCGAAGUUAGCUCCCCCAAAAGUGAAACGGUUAAUAGGCUGUUUGUGGAACUAUCGAAGUCUAAUGAUGAUCUAAACGAUUCUCAAUUGAACAUGUUAGAGAAUGCAGAACGCAUUUUACACUCUUCGGAGGUCCAAGAUGAUCCAAGUUUUAACGAAAUGUUAAACCAAUGUAAAAUUGAAGUCCAAUCUAUGUUGAACGACCGGAAAUUAUCCGUCAGUAAUUUCAAUGCAGUUUCCACUAGCGGGUCUACUUCAAUAUCGACUCUGGAGAAAUUAAACCAUCAUUACAACAAGUUUGUUACACAUUUUUACAACUAUCUACACAACCAAACCAAUUCCGAUGGUAUAAUUCACACAUUGGCAGAAUCACAAUCGUUGAGCAGUUCCUCAGGACGUUGGAGAUCCAUUUUGAUCACAGUGGUAGCAAUAAUAUCAACGGCCUUAUCAGUGCUUGUUGCAUACUUAGAAAUUACUCCGAACAAAUGGGGCCACGCACGGGUGUUUGAUGGUACCCAUUGGUACAAUUUUGGACUUGAAUUUGUGUUGUUUUCGUACAAUACUCUUGUUGCACUGUACGCAAUGAGUAAAUUCAAAUUUAACAAUUUCCAUUUAAUCCCCAAUGGUCGUAGUAAUCCUUCAAAUGCAUUGUACUAUUCACUUUAUUCAAGCAGACUUUUAUUCCCACUAUGUUUCAACUUAAUGGUGUUAAUCCCCUACGGCGAAAAUGCCUCUUACGAUUCCAUGAAUAGCAGUUUUGCAAGGACUCUUUACAAUAGUUUGAUUCGUAUUCCAUUGGCCAAUUAUUUGAAUAAAACUUUACCACCAAUCUUCAUGGUAUUUAUCCUGAUCAGUUAUAAAAUUGAUCUUAAACAGAAAAUCCUACUUAGAACUUUGGGCGAAGAAUAUUAUUAUCAAUUUUUCGGUAUGAUGAUGUAUGAACCUGCGGGUGAGGUGAAUCAAGACGCGGGCAAUACUAGCCCCACCAGUCUGUUUUUCGAUAACGACGGACCAUUGAGUCAAAGAUCACGCAUGGAUGAAGAUUACGAGUACUCCUUACAGGAUGGUAGGUACUUGUUCGAAAGAGCAUCGAGAAACAGCAACAGCAACGACAAUACUACCAGUAAUAAUGAAAAUACCAAUGGCGAUCAAGAAAGACCGCUUUUAUAUGUAUAA